AACCCGGUUCGUUCGAAUGGAGAAGACGGCUGUAACCUGCGUGGCAUGGCUGCCGCGGGGCGUUUGCACUGGGCGUUUGGAUGGGGCGCAGGAGGGCGAGGACGAUGAAGCCAUGCGGGAAGCCGCUGGAGAUUUGGCUUCCUCCAGUGCCGGGGCAGUGGUUGGCUUGGAGGAGUUCAACAUGGAGAACUACGACGAUGAGGAUGACGAAGGCAUGCAGUUUUUUUCGGUGCUGAACGCGGAUGGCGAGUUGGCGCGGGAACGCGAUCCACAUAUGACCGGAGAUCCCAAUUCGGAUUCGGACUCGGAGGGCGACGUGGAGAUUCGGCCGGAGGACCACGUCUUCGUUGCUGCCUCCUGUGAGGAAGACUGUUGCACCUUGGAGCUUUACGUCUUCGAAGAAGAUGAGGUGAACAUGUACGUGCAUCAUGACAUCAGUUUGGCAGCCUAUCCUCUCUGCGUGGAAUGGAUGAAGCAAAGCAGUGGCACCGAGGGGUGCUAUGCAGCCGUUGGAUCUAUUGAUCAUUCCAUUCAGCUCUGGAACUUGGAAGAGGCCGAUCCAUUGGAACCGGCGCAAGUCCUGGGACAUGCCAGGAAGCCUAAAGCCAAGACGAAGAAGAGACGACCCAAGAUGCCUUCAGGUGAUGUGAAGGCGCACGAUGGCCCCGUUCUGUGUUUGCAUGGAAGUAGCGCCAACCCUUCAGUUCUCGCGAGUGGCUCAGCAGAUCAGACCCUGAAGGUUUGGGACGUGACCGAUGGCUCCUGUGUUCACAGCUUUGAUCACCAUUCCGACAAGGUGCAGUGUGUGAGGUGGCAUCCCACAGAGCAGGCAGUGCUGCUUUCGGCGGCCUUCGACAAUCGCCUGGGCUUGAUCGACGUGCGGCAGCCGAAGCAGGCGGCCUUGGCAGCGUUGAACGGCGAAGCAGAGUGUGCCAUAUGGAGUCAACACAGUCCCUACCAAUGCUUUGCCAGCACCGACAACGGUGCGGUUUGCUGCUAUGACGUGCGAAAAGUGGCAAAUAAGGCAGAGAAUCCAAUCCUGUGGACGCUCAUGGCGCAUGACGUGGCCUGCACCAGUCUCCAAGAUGCACCUGCCAAGAAUCUCUUGGUCACAGCGGGCUUGGACGGGCACGCGAAGGUCUGGAACCUGGCCAGUAGCCCUCAGAUGGUUUACAGCAAAAAUCUGCAGGCCGGGCCGAUUUUCACUUGUCAGAGCAAUGCAGAUAUGGCUGCCUUGAUGUGCUUUGGCGGAAAAUGCCCGGUGAUGUGGGAUCUCUCCAGCGAGCAGGUCUUGGUGGAUGCCUUCAAGCUCGACGCCUUUUAGCCGCUUAAGCCUCGCUGGACGAAAA